CCCGAAUUCGUUGCGAAACCGGAUUGGAACUGUGGUAGUGUCCAUGUUGAUCGAAUUGUGUGGGUCAAAGCAACAUUAUGUCAAGUAAUCUAGCAAGGUUUAUCAGACGAUUUUAAUGUGAUAAGAAUUUUUUUCUAGAUUUUGAUUCGUUAAUGAUCUUUUCAUAAUGUCAACAACGCUAUCAUCAGCUCACGAUAUUCUUAAAAAACAACGAAAGUGGUAUCAUCGUCGACCGUUGCUAAGAAACGCCCUGUUUACAGAUCUACAGAAUGGAAGUUACGUAGCUUCUAUUUACACUUUAGUCCAAAGUGUCAUCACUCAAAUCUUAUCGAUUUUUGACCUUUAUGUUUUAAUUGAAGCUUCACCAGGUUCUACUCAUUACAGAUAUUUUGGAAUAAAUUUUCUUUUUGUGUACAGUGGUAAUAAGCAUGUGAGGAAUUUACUAAUACUAUGCUCGGUAAUUUCCUUUGCUUUGGCUGUUUAUAUGUUAGUAGUGUCUGUGAUUUUGAUGAGAGCUUUAAGGAAGGAACUUGAGAAAAAAUUCAUGCCAUGGCUUAUGGCAGCUCUCAUAUUUACAUCUUGGAAUUUUGUUGCCAUUCUUUUCAAAUCUACAGCCAAUGAUCUUUAUUAUGCAUAUCAUCAAGCAAUGCUAAUAAUAUGGACAUUGAUGUUAGCUGGAAAUGUAUUUUUUAUACUGGUUGUUUAUUCCAACUACCAAGAGCUAACAGACAUUACUAAGCUUGAAGAUAUGGCCAGGCUUAAAAUGGGCACAAUGAGUAGUUUGAAUACCACAUCUCACAGCCUUUCACAUUAUUCUGUUAAUAUGUUGGGUGGGACACAAUCCAGAGCCUCCACUCCUCAUGGACCUCCUUUAGCACUUACACCACAUGCACCACCUUUUGCUGCAGUUUGAUGAAUAAUUGGUUCACACAAGCUUUUUUUUUUCUAAAAGCAGCAUUUAACAUAAGAACCAAAGACAUUUUGUGUACAUUCCAUCCAUUUCAUUCCGUCCUACGAUGUAAUACUUUUUGUCAUGAGUACAAUUUAGUUGGGCAUGGGCAUCAAUUUUUGUAAACAUUUUAACUAACCCGAGUGUUUUUAUACAAUUGUUAAAUGUUUUUUCCUCUUUUUUUUUAAUUAUUUUAUUUUAAUUAUAUCUUAUUUACACUCAAAACUUUAUGCAUUUUUAGAAAUUUGUUUUUGGGAGGGAUAUGUUUUUUUUUUCUUUCUAGAAUUUUUCAUUCCAAUUUUACAUUAUGAUUGUAUUGUAUAAAAGAGAAAACAUUUAUUUGCUGCAAUCAUCAAACAUUGGGAUGAUUGAGUUAUUGUUAUUUGUGUACAAAGUUGAAAAAAUAAAUAUUUUUAAAUCAAAAUAAA